UUCGAGCCCUACGACUUCAACGGCGGCACGACGCUCGCCAUCUCCGGCGCGGACUUCGCGGUCGUCGCCGCGGACACGCGCAUGUCGACGGGCUACUCGAUCAUGACGCGGAAGAUGUCGAAGCUCCACCAGCUCGGCCCGAACACCGUGCUCGCAGCCGCCGGCUGCCAGACCGACGUCGUCUGCCUCGUCGACGUGCUGAAGACGCGGCAGAAGAUGUACAAGCACCAGACGGGCAAGAACAUGACGACGACGUCGAUCGCGCAGAUGCUCGGCAACACGCUCUACUACAAGCGCUUCUUCCCCUACUACGCCUUCAACGUCCUCGCGGGCGUGGACAAGGAGGGCAAGGGCUGCGUCUACUCCUACGACGCCAUCGGCUCCUUCGAGCGCGUGCCCUUUUCCGCGUCGGGCAGCGGCCAGUCCUACAUCAUCCCGCUCCUCGACAAC